AUGAAUCACUACAACCUCUCCGGGCCCCCGGGGGCCCUCGACCCCAUCUCCAACCUCAGCCAGUGGGACACGGAGAUGGUAGGUAGGCCACAUAUUAGAGAGGUGGAACAGUAACCGGAAGGUCACUGGUUAAAGUCCCGGGCCUGAACUAGCUAAUGGAGGGUGGCUGGUUUCACCUCUGGGGAUUCGAUAACAUAAGAAAGAAAAAAGACACAUAUCAGAUUGUGAUUGGACAUAAAGUUGUAUUGUAUAUUGCAUCUUGUAUAGGUGGAAAUGGAGAGUCUGGCUCACCAGGGGAACCUCACCUCGGACAAUCCCACGUCCGGAGGCCCGAUCGCAGCCGCUCUCUCCAUGACCCUGGGCGUCAUCUCCAACAUCGUGGCCUUGUUCAUCCUGGCCAACGCCUACUCCCACCAGCGCCGACGCUCCAAAGCCACCUUCCUCCUCUUCGCCAGCUCCCUGGUACUCACAGACUUUUUUGGGCACAUCAUCCCGGGAGCGCUGGUCCUCCGGCUCUACCUCUUCGGAGGGGUGUCCCCCGAGGCGGCAGCCGCUUCCUCAAACGGCUCGACUGACCCCAUGUGCCAGUUCCUGGGUGGUUCUAUGGUGUUCUUUGGCCUGUGCCCGCUCUUCCUGGGCUGUGCGAUGGCUGCGGAGCGCUGUUUGGGCGUUACACAGCCACUGCUCCACUCCUCCUUAGUUACCUCCACCCGUACCAAGCUGUCCCUCUCGGGGAUCUGGCUGGUGGCCCUCUGCGUGGCCCUGCUGCCCUGCUUCCAGCUGGGGUCAUACACCUACCAGCACCCCAACAGCUGGUGCUUUAUCAAGGUCAGUAGCCAGCAGGGCUGGAGUCAAUUCGAAUUGAAGUCAGUCAAUUCAGGAAGUGAUUUAAAUAAAAAAUUCAAAAAUGGAAAAACUUGAAAUAAAUAGCUUCUACUCCUCAGUUUAUUGAAAAGUCAUUGAAAAUAGAUGCUGGUUCUUUUUAUUAUUUUUUUUAUUGUUAUUUAAGUUUACUUCCUGAAUUGACUGCCUUCAAUUUGAAUUGACCCCAGCCCUGGCAGCCAGGUAUUGAGCUCCCCUAGUGCUUUAGUUCAUUCUCAAAGUUCUAUGACAGUUAUUUAAACAGUGUGAUGUUUAGAAUGCUGAAGUAAAUCUGACUACCAACAUUAAAGUGAAUGGGAUUUUUUGGGAGGCACAAAAAGCCUAAUAGAAAUAACACUAGUGUACAAUAUCAAUAGGAUAAAGUAUAGAGUUAUAUAUACCAAUAAAUGUCUGUCUUCUCCUGUCCUUCAUCAAGGUCUUAGCUAACGACACCCAGGAAGCGGACGUAGCCUUCGUCAUGCUCUUCUCCGGGCUGGGCCUGACGUCGCUGGGGGUGGCCCUGGUGUGUAACACCAUCAGCGGGCUGACCCUGGUUCUGGCCAGGCUGAGACGGAGGCCCUCAAGCUGCUCAUCGUCCCACAGCCACCGCUCAGUGGCCAAGAGCCAUGAUAUAGAGAUGGUGGUGCAGCUGGUGGGCAUCAUGGUCACGUCCUGUAUCUGCUGGAGCCCUCUGCUGGUGAGUGGGACAAUCGCUGCCUGGGACACAAACAAGUGUCGAUGCUGAUGCUGCUGAUACCAUCCACCACACCAUGCCUAUUCCCUAUACCCGCUACACAUCUAGAAAAAAGUCACCCAACAACAAAGACAGGCCACAGGCGCCUUCAGUUUGAUUCAUUUGUACACUGAAAAUACACAAGAUAUUGUUUAUUUUACGCAUCAUUAUUCCAAAGAAAUCGAAUUAGGCCGUCAAUGCCUCAUCAAAGAAAUUGGUUGCAUGAUGGUUCUGGAUCAAAGUAUAACAAUGAACAAUUAUAUGUCUUCUCUUAUGCCCAAGAUCUUCGGGCUCAUGUCGGUGAUGCGCUCCUAUAGGGGCUCCAUUGAUAAAGCUGACAUGGCCACCUACGAGACGUUGAAUUUGAUGGGCGUGCGGCUGGCUUCCUGGAACCAGAUCCUGGACCCCUGGGUCUAUAUCCUGCUACGCCGGGCCGUCCUCCGCAAGAUCUACCUCAUCACCAAGCGCCAGGCCGAUUUUAAGGGGAGUGUGCUCCGACGCUGGGAGGGGAACUCGUUUCAGAGCAAGAGCUCGGAGAACAAUCCCGUUAACAGGAUAUGAGAUCAUAACCAAGCGCCAGGCCGAUUUGAAGGGGAGUGUGCUGCAACGCUGGGAGUGGAACCCCUUUCAGAGUAAAAGCUUGGAGAAGAAUACAGUUAGCAGGAUAUGACUGUGUGACCGACGGUGUUCGAUCCCGGGUCUCCUGAGUGAGUGCCAGAAGAAGACUGCAUUAGCCCACCUAAGCUAAAGCCUAGUAUUGACCAGGGAGCCAAAGCAACUCUUCAGAUCUCAGGCAAGGUUACUCAUCAUGCA